CUGUGGAUUCCGUAGUCUGAAGAGGUGAAGGUGUCAGAAUCCAGCACACCUCAGGAAGAGCUCAACUGUACAGCACUGUUUGGCUGUCAGAAGGAAGGAAGGCUCUCCCACAGUCCCAUACACUGACGCCCAGGUUCAUAAUCUUCAUAAACAUUGUUGCUAGUGCGGACUUUCAAGUCAUCAUACUAACAGUAACAGACAUUGACAUUUGCCUCGUUUUUAUGAAAGGAAUAAUGCUGUCAGCAUGUCUGCAUACUCCAUGCUCUCUGAAAGAAUUGCCAUGGCCAAGGAACUGAUCAAAAGAGCAGAAUCACUCUCUCGGUCAAAAAAAGGUGGCAUAGAAGGUGGUGCGAAGCUGUGCAGCAAACUGAAGGCAGAACUGAAAUUCUUACAGAAAAUAGAGUCUGGGAAGGUAGCUAUUAAGGAGUCCCAUUUACAAAGCACGAAUCUAACACACUUGAAAGCCAUUGUGGAAUCGGCAGAGAACCUGGAAGAAGUUGUUAGCGUUCUUCGUGUCUUUGGUUACACAGAUUCCUUGGGAGAAAAACAGACUCUUGUGGUGGAUGUCGUAGCAAAUGGAGGUCAUACUUGGGUCAAAGCCAUUGGUCGAAAGGCUGAAGCACUGCAUAACAUCUGGCUGGGCAGGGGCCAGUACGGCGACAAAAGCAUCAUUGAGCAGGCUGAAGAUUUCCUCCAGGCCAGUCGACAGCAGCCAGUGCAGUAUAGCAACCCUCACAUUGUCUUUGCAUUUUACAACAGUGUCUCCAGCCCCAUGGCAGACAAGCUGAAAGAUAUGGGCAUCUCAGUAAGAGGAGAUAUCGUCGCGGUCAACUCUCUGUUAAAUCACCCCGAAGAGUAUCUGCUGAGUGAGAGUGAGUCAGAUGACGAGGGCCAAGAACUUCUGCAGGUGACAAGAGUAGACCUAGACAAUGUACUGGCCCGUGUUGCCUUUCCAACAGAGAUCAAGGUUGAUGUGUGCAGAAGAGUAAAUCUGGACAUUACUACUUUAAUCACAUAUGUGUCCGCCAUGAGUUAUGGAGGCUGCCACUUUAUCUUCAAAGAAAAAGUACUCACGGAGCAAGCAGAGCAAGAGAGGAAAGAGCGGGUUCUACCUCAGCUGGAAGCGUUUAUGAAGGACAAGGAGUUGUUUGCCUGUGAAUCUGCCGUCAAGGAUUUCCAAUCGAUUCUAGAUACCUUAGGGGGACCGGGAGAGAGAGAGAGGGCCGCUGUCCUAAUUAAACGAAUCAGCGUGGUGCCAGACCAACCCUCUGAGCGUGCCUUGAAACUAGUGGCGAGUUCAAAAAUUAAUAGCCGUUCCCUAACGAUUUUCGGGACAGGGGAUACCCUGAAAGCCAUCACAAUGACUGCGAAUAGUGGUUUUGUCAGAGCUGCCAACAAUCAGGGUGUUAAAUUCAGUGUGUUCAUUCAUCAGCCUAGAGCACUUACUGAGAGUAAAGAGGCCUUAGCCGUUCCCUUACCAAAAGCCCGAACCAAUGAUAGUGCACACUAAUGCUAUCCUUUAAGUGUUGUCAUGGAAAUAUGUUAUUUAUACCAAAGGCUGGCCUUCCCAUCUAUAUUGGGAGAAAAAAGUUUAUAGUAAACAUAAUAUUUAGAACUAAAUAGAAGUUUUUUGUGUUUCAUCUAUUUAAGGUCUAUAAAUUAGAAAAAUCUAAGAGACCGUCUUAUUUAUCUGUGCAUUACAUCACAGACUACAUUGUAGCAGGUAAGAACAGAAAUAUAUCUGCAUAAGGCUUUUACUUUUCUUGUGAUGCAUUUGUUUGCCUCAGUAGGGCUUCAGCCUCCACCACAGGUAAUCACAUUUCAUGGAACAUGGCUACAUGAUUCUCGAAUUCAUUAAAUAUCUGGAGAAAACUCUGCGGCCUGUUUUUCAUUGUACUGUAUUUGUCACUCGAUUAAAGGUGAGAGAUAAUAGUUA